AUGGCAGAACACACACCAGCCCCGACCCCUGCAAGAUCUUUGUAUGGUUUCUUUUUAUAUUUGUUCAGUAAGACCGCUUUGACUAUUUACUGUAUUUGGGCUUUUGUUCCGGACAAUUAUUUACACUAUUUCAACAUUUAUUAUUACCCUGAUAAAUACUGGUCUACAGCCAUACCUAUACAGUGUUUGGUUGCUUUGACAUUAUUUGCUUUUUUGAUAUAUCCAAGUUCUAAUUUCAUGCUCACUCAUAACAUUGACAGCUAUAAUACAAUUGCUGAUCCAGUAAAGCCUGUUAGCACAAAAACGAGUUUUAAAGAACAAACAACAAAACAACCUCAGUCUGCAACUGAUCAAUGUAUUUGUGUUGAUAAACGCAAUUGCGUAAAGCUAAGCUUCUCAAAUGUAAAGGAGAGUACUGUUCCACCACUACAAGAUUUGGAUUUUCGCUUUGUGUGUAGAAAAUUGUACUUGAAUAACCAUAAAUAAUGUCUUCAAUUGAAUUUAACCAAAGUAUUACAUUUUCACUUAGCUUUUGUGUCAAUGACUAGUAGAAAGUAGAAUUUUUAAAAGGUAGAGUAGGUCAAAAAUUAAAUAUUAAUCAGUAUUAUCAAAAUGCCAGAUCGUAAGGAGCCAUGUAAUUGUAGUGUAUUCCUAAUAUUGCAUUUAUAAGCUAAAAAUAAAUGCUUCACCAUUAUUGCUA